AUGCGGUUAAUCAAACAGAAUAUCGAGCGCGACGGCUCUGGAUCCGUCACUCUUUAUCCCGAAGAGCCGGAGGAUAUGUGGCAUUGUUAUAAUCUCAUCCGACCUGAUGACCUUCUCAAGGCGAGCGCGAUCCGUCGCGUCACCACUGCAUCUGCAACAGGGACUACAAGUUCUUCUCGAGUACAUAUGACGCUGCAAAUACGUGUGAAGAGCUUGGAUUUCGACCCCCAAAGCUCCCAGCUCCAUGUCUCCGGUCGAGUCGUCGCGGAAAAUCAAUACACCAAAAUUGGACAGCAUCAUACACUCGACUUAGAAUUACAACGGAAUUUCACUCUGGAGAAGCGGGUCGAAUCUUCAAGUGAAGCCGGAGGAUGGGAUAGUAUCGCGAUCGACAUGUUGAAGGAGGCGGUGGAUGAAGGAGGGAAUAGGAGGGCAGAAGCCGUGGCCGUGGUAAUGCAGGAAGGACUGGCACAUAUCUGCUUUAUAGGCCAGUUUCAGACAGUCUUGAAACAGAAAAUCGAAUUGUCCAUUCCACGGAAGAGACAAGGCGGACUUGAUCGUGACAAGGCCUUGACAAAAUUCUUCCAAACCACACUCGAUACGCUCCUCCGCUUACUCGACAUCAAUGCGACGACCAGUCCACUUUCGUCUGCAAGCUUAAGCAACAGCACAUCUUCGAAACCAAUACUCUUAGCAUCUCCCGGCUUCACAGCGGCUGGAUUUCAAAAACACAUACAGUCUGUAGCGAACACAUCUGCCCCGGGCUUGAAGGGCCUUCUACAGAACAUUGUUGUUGUCCACUCCUCAUCCGGCCACAUGCACUCCCUUGCUGAGGUGCUUCAAUCCCCAUCAGUGCAAGCUCUCCUCUCGAACACCAAAUACGCAAAGGAGACUUCACUCAUGGACAAGUUCUUCUCCGAACUACGCAAGGGAACUAAUAAAGCCACCUAUGGACCGAGAGAGGUAGAGUCGGCAGUGGAGCAAGGUGCUGUAGGCCGUGGAGGUGGCAUUCUUAUCAUUUCCAACAGGCUAUUUCGCGCUCAGAGUGUUGCUGAAAGGCAUCGAUGGGUCUCUUUGGUAGAUCGGGUGAGGGGUGUUGAUGGAGGAGAAGUACGGGUUCUUAGCUCUGACCAUGAAAGCGGGAGAAGAUUGGAGGGCCUGGGUGGCAUCGCGGCCCUAUUGACGUUUCCCACUGUUGAAGAAGAGGAAGAUGAAGAUGAGGGUAAUGAGGCUGGUGGGAAGGGUGGCGAGUGA